UUCAGCUUCUCAGACCUCUGCUUUCUGUAGGUGUUAGAUGAUGCAAGUGCUAAAUUAACUUGAGCUAAGAGAAAGAAAGUAGUUAAAGUCCCUCAGAUAUCAUGCUGUGUUCCAAAAGGAACUUUCUCAUUCGAAAGUUGUUAAUGUCAAUUUUCUUUGUCACGUUCGCUUUCCUGAAAAUUUCGACUUCAAGUGGUGUUCCUUCGCUGAUGGAAUUUCCUCCUUCCAUUAGCAUCUCUCAAAAUGAACAGUUUCCUACGGGACAUCUACAACCAUUGGGGUACCAGCGUGCUCCUGAUGGACCCGUUAAAGAGUAUUUUGACGUUCUUCGAGGUGAUCUGUUUUGGGAGAAACAUGUUAAUAAAGGCAUUCCAUUGGUGUUUCGACAGGGAAUCGGCGAAUCACCCGCUUUAUUUACGUGGACGGAUGAUUAUUUAAAGGAAAAUUAUGGAGAUCUAGAUGUCCUCAUUGAAUUAAAACAAGAGAACCGCUCUCAUUCUCCUCGAAGGAUGACUAUUUCGGAAUUUCUCUCGCGGUAUAAGGAGGAAGACAUGUAUAUUGUCACAGUUUUGCCUGAUCCGAUGAGACGAGAUAUUCAGGUACCAACCUGUUUACUUUGCGGCACUUUUCUUGAUUACAUCCAUGAAACCAAUUUCUGGAUGAGUUCAGGAGGAACACGAUCAGUCAUUCAUUACGAUGCAGAUCACAACUUGCACUGCUUGGUGGCUGGACGCAAGGAUUUUAUUAUGAUGGAGAAAAAAUAUUAUACAGACUUGUACUUCCUUGAGAAGAAUCAACAUUCAGGUUCUGGGUUUUCAGAAGUUGAUCCAAACAAGAUCAACUUGUUUGAAAAUCCUAGUGUGGCAAAUGUUCCAUGGACGUAUGCAACACUCUUACCAGGGGACUGUAUCUACAUUCCAGCAGAAUAUAUACACCAAGUGCGGUCAUAUAACAGAACCAUCUCCGCAACAAUUCUCUUCACACCAGGACCCCUGGUGGGGGCACCUUUUGAACCCACAGGUUGUGACAGGGAACAUUUUGAAUACACACCAUUAAGUGAGUUGAAAGUACACUGGACAUAUAACAAGGGAGACAGGCUUAUUGAAAUGGGCUACAUGAAUGUGGAGGUCCUUCGUUAUAGCAUACUAGCUACCAUGAUGGAAAAAAAUGAAGAUGUUUUGACAAAAUAUUCAUUUCUUGAUCUGUGGCAGCAGCAAGAAGAUAGGGACGGUGACCAUGAUAAAGAUAAACUAAGUGAAGAACCUUUUAAAAUUUUUCAUCAACUUUUGGAUACAGAGGGUAAAGGAUUCUUGACAAAACAGGACAUAUUAGGCAUUUCACGAGAAAAUUUGAAAAAAGUAGCCCGUUUAAUUGAUCCUCCUCACGGGCCAGUUGUUAAAGAGGAAGAAGGAAACGAUUUAUAUGACGACACAGGAUCACACGAGGAACUUUAAAAUGUCAUUAAAUUAACUAAUUGUAAGUUAAGAAAGAGAAUCAUGAGAAAAAGAUUAUCUAGCUUCUGCUUCAGUUGUCGGUUGCUUCAGAUGUAAAAUAUUCCAGUGUGUAAUAAGAUAUCUGUGCCCUUUUGGUACAGCCAAGUAAUUACCUGGUCAAAAGCCCUUGUGCUUUCUUAGUAAAAGGUUAAAACCAUCUUCUUGAGCCUAUUUAUCCAGGGAUAAGACCUGGCAAUAAAAACUGCUGAAAGUCUGCAA